AUCGUCGGGUCAAACGUUGCUGCCCAGCGAAGAACGUUGCCUUCGAUAUCUACUUCCAGCUGGUCGAUAGAGCGGUAAUGAGUGACCAAGAUUUUGUUGGCGAGAUACUGGUACGAUCUGAAUCUCCAUAGAAGCUCACUGAUUGUUCCCACUCUAGCGCCGCUCGCUUUGGGGAUCUAUAAGACAUCUCGAGGGGCCCCCAACUUCAACAUUCAACUUUCAUCUUUACUCGUCCACUCAUCUUCUUUGCACAACCAUGGCAGCUAUCGAAUCUAGACUUGAAUGGUUUGCCAACCUUAGCACGACUGAGGCUCCUGUGCCCACUGAGGAGACGAAGUAUUAUCGUAAGACUGCUAUCAUCGCAACUAUCGGCCCAAAAACGAACUCAGUCGAGGCUUUGGCGGACUUGAGGCGCGCUGGUGUCAACAUCGUUCGUAUGAACUUCUCCCAUGGCUCGUAUGCGUACCAUCAGAGCGUUAUCGACAACACUAGGAAGAUGGUGGCUGCCGACCCCGAGGGCCGCCCCGUUGCCAUCGCCCUGGACACGAAAGGACCUGAGAUUCGCACGGGUUCGAUGAGGGAUGGCAUUGAUAUCCCAAUCAAGGCUGGCCAUGAGUUCAUCAUUACCACCGACGAAAGGUACAGCCAGAUCUGCGAUGACAAAAUCAUGUACAUGGAUUAUAAAAAUCUGCCAAGGGUGACUGCACCCGGAAAGCUCAUCUAUGUUGACGAUGGCAUUAUCUCUUUGCUUGUCACCGGCAUUGACGGUGAGAAUGUCCAUGUUCGAAUAUUGAACAAUGGCACCUUGUCCUCUCACAAGGGAGUCAACCUCCCCAAAACUGAAGUCGACCUCCCUGCAUUGUCGGAGAAGGACAAGGCUGACUUGAAGUUCGGUGUCAGGAACAACGUCGACAUGGUCUUUGCUUCAUUUAUUCGUCGGGCUCAGGACGUCCGCGAUAUCCGUGAAGUCCUCGGCCCUGAGGGUGCUGAGAUCAAAAUCAUUGUGAAGAUUGAGAACGAGCAGGGUGUCGCUAACUUUGACGAGAUCUUGAAGGAAACCGAUGGUGUUAUGGUGGCUCGAGGUGAUCUCGGUAUCGAAAUCCCAGCCAGCCAGGUCUUCUAUGCUCAGAAGAUGAUGAUUGCAAAGUGUAACAUGGCCGGCAAGCCUGUGAUUGUCGCAACUCAGAUGUUGGAAUCAAUGACUUACAACCCCAGGCCAACACGUGCCGAAGUUAGCGAUGUUGCUAACGCCGUCCUCGAUGGUGCCGACUGCGUCAUGUUGUCUGGUGAAACCGCAAAGGGUUCAUACCCCGUCCAAUCCGUUCUUAUGAUGGCGGAGACUUGCCUGCUCGCUGAAGCCGCUAUCUGCUACCCUCCUCUGUUUGAUGAGCUGAGAGGUGUUACUCCCCGUCCCACCGAGACGGUCGAGACAGUUGCAAUUGCAGCUGUUGCUGCCGCUGCUGAGCAGAACGCGAGUGCGAUCGUAGUCCUUUCGACCAGCGGAAACACAGCUCGUCUUCUAUCGAAGUACCGCCCAAGCACUCCCAUCAUCACAGUCACUCGUAACCAGCAGACUUGUCGUCAGCUCAACCUUCACCGUGGAUGCUACCCCUUCUGGUACCCUGAGCCUCGGGGCAUUGAGCCCCACCAAUGGCAGACCGAUGUCGAUAACCGUAUUCGAUUUGGUCUCCGCAAUGCCUUGAAGCUCAACCUCAUCAAGACCGGCACAACUGUGGUCGCUGUGCAGGGCUGGAAGGGAGGCCUCGGCCACACCAACACGCUUCGUAUUCUUUCUGUUCCUACUGACCCCGCCGACUUUGAGCUGCAGCCUCUCGGUGCCAACUAGGAUUUCUGCUUUAUGAUACAUUUUGAUGGACGGUUAAAGAAUUGUAGUUUUGUAAUGUACAAUAACUGUGUCCUUGAGAAAUAGGAAGAAUGUAUGGUAUUCUGCUGUUGU